UCCGAGCUGCCAGCCAGGCGCGCAACGAAGGCGCCCGAGUCAGCCUCCGACAUGCUGCGGCAGGCGACGAGCAAGCUGCGGCAGGGCAAGCGCAUCCUGAUCGGGCGCACCCCCUCUCUCAACAGCAUGGCCGCUCGCGCGCUCCGUCCUCUCUCCACGCUCUCCUCCCGGCUGCCACUGCCCCUCCUCCCCGCACGGCUUCCGCUUCCCCUGCUGCCCCCACCGCUCCGGCUUCGUGCGCACUCGACCGUCGCCGCGCGGCCAAAGCGCUUCGAUUGGGCCGAUUGCCGCCGAUAUGAUGAGGCUGGCCGCGAGGAUCCGGCGGCGCCGCGCCAGCCUGCGGCGGCUCGAGGCGGCGCGGUCGGGGCGGAGGCGGCGCGCGAGGCGCGCGAGGCGCGCGAGGCGGGCGAGGCGGGCGCUCGUGUCCACCCGAGCGCCGUGGUCCACGAGGGCGCGCUGCUCGGCCGCCGGGUGACCGUCGGCCCGUACUGCGUGGUCGGCGAGCACGUGAGGCUCGCGGACGGCGUGGCGCUCCACUCGCAUGUCGUCCUGUCUGGGCACACCUCCGUCGGAGAGGGGUCCGAGAUUUUCCCCUUCGCCGCCGUUGGCGCCCGCCCGCAGGACCUCAAGUACCUCGGCGAGCCCUCGCACACGCGGAUCGGCGCUCGAUGCGCCGUGCACCCGCAUGCGCAUGUGUGCGGCGGCACGGCGGGCGGCGGCGGGCUGACCUCGAUCGGCGACGACUGUCUGGUCAUGUCGCACGUGCACGUCGGACACGACUGCUCCGUCGGGCCGCGCGUGGUACUGGCCUCGCGCUCUUCCCUCGCAGGACACGUCACCGUCGGCGAGGGAGCGCAGGUGUCUGGCCAUGCUUGCGUCCAUCAGCGUGUGUCUAUCGGCGGAGGCGCCUUCGUCGCCGCUGCCGCCGUCCUGCUCGACGACCUCCUGCCGUAUGGCCUCGCAGCGGGCGCCUCGCGAGCGACGGUCGACAGCCUCAACCUGCGUGGGAUACGGCGGCUCCGCACGCCCCCCGCGGAGCAGCGGGCCAUGCUGCGCGCCUUCAGGCGAGAGCACUGGUUCGUGCGCGAUCACGCCGGUCCGCGCGGGUUGUGUUUGCCGAGCUCAUCCGCUGGCAUGUCGGAGCUGUGA